ACCAAAAAUCCAACAUCAACCACAACAAUGUGGCUAAGGAUAACAGCAGAAACUGCAGAAGCAUUGGCCUAUUUGCAUUCUGCAGCUUCUCCACCUAUUAUCCAUCGAGACAUCAAGUGCACAAAUAUUCUUUUGGACAACAACCUGAGGGCUAAGGUGUCAGAUUUUGGAGCUUCUAGGUUGGUGCCUUUGGAUCAAACCCAGUUGACUACUUUGGUUCAAGGAACAUUAGGAUCCUUAGAUCCACAAUACUUUCUUACAAGUCAAUUAACUGACAGAAGUGAUGUUUAUAGUUUUGGAGUAGUACUUGUGGAGUUGUUGACAGGGGAAAAGGCAGUUUCCUUGGAAAGACCCCAAGAAGAGAGGAACUUGGCCAUGUUGUUUGAUGCAUCAAUGAAGAAGAACUGCCUUUUCAAGAUUUUGGACAUGCAGAUUGUUCGUGACAUAAAAGCUGACCAACUCAGAGAAGUAGCUGAGUUAGCAAGGAGAUGCUUGAAACUUGGUGGUGAUGAAAGGCCAUGCAUGAAGGAGGUAGCAAUGGAAUUGCAGAGGCUUAGAAGCUAUCAGAAGCACGCAUGGGCAGAGGAACGAAUCAAAUCAACUGACUUUUUGCUUAGAGAACCUUCAGAACCUCAUAUGGGCAAUUCAAUUGGGUGUGAAAGCAUGAAAGAACGCGUAUUUUUUGAACCAGAGCAAGGGCGUUAAUAUUUUCAGCUAGCAGGAGUAUAGUCCUCAUCAGCUUCUUGAAGCAGAAAUUAGAAUUCUGGUAUGAUUGUGACAAUUCUAUUAUUACUGCAAUCAAGUCAUGAACUUUUUAAUUAGAUAUCAGAUAAACUAAUGUGAAGGCCUUUGCAUCUUUCCCUUGCCACUUGAAUAAAUUUAAGUUAAAUUG